GCCGAAGAUGUUGGCUCGGUCAUGUGAUCACCUGUGUCCAAUCACAGCUGAUCACAUAUCAUCAGGGCACUGAUGAUCAGUCAGUGCCACCUGUCAGUGUCCAUCAGUGCCAGCUGUCAGUGCUCAUCCAUGCCACCUGCCAGUGCCCAUCAGUGCCACAUUUCAAUGCCCAUCAGUGCCACAUAUCAGUCCCCUUCUGAGCUGCCUUUCAGUUUCACCCAUCAGUACCAAUCAGUGCCACCUAUCAGUGCCAGUCAGUGCUGCCUAUCAGUGGGCAUCAGUGCCACCUAUCAGUGUGCAUCAGUGCCGCCUAUCAUUGCCAGUCAGUGCCACCUAACAGUGCCAGUCAGUGCCACCUAUCAGUGCCAUAUAUGAGUGCUGCCUUUCAGUGCCCAUCAGUGAUGCCUGUCAAUGCCCAUCAGUGCCACCUACCAGUGCCUCCUCAUCAGUGCCCAUCAGUGCCACCUAUCAGUGUCCAUCAGUGC